CUGAAAUGUGCAAAUAUAAAUUUAAGUACAAACAAGAAGGAAUAUGAAAUUUUAUUUUCCAAAAAACAUGUGUUAUUUUUCUUCUUCUUCUUCGUCUUCUCUUCGAAAAGACUAAUUCUCAAGCUUUUUAUUCCAGCGUUCAGCAUCCAUUGCUACUACUGCAACAGUGCAAACAACACAGCCUGCUUGGACGUUAAUCAGUAUGAAGAUGAAGUACGCUCGAGGAUCAUACCAAUCGUGCAUUGUGAAUCAGCUAUACCGAGUCCAGUGGCUAUGAAUUUUUUCUGCAGAAAGAUUGUUCAGACUAUAUUUCACACGUAUCGCGACUCGGAGGUCCGUGUGACUCGUGGUUGCGGCUGGGUCCCUCAUCACAAGGAGUGCUACAAAGACGACAACAGCGAUCAUUUGGGCACCGUCUGUCAAUGCUUCCAAGACCUAUGCAACAGUGGCGACACCGUCGACCCUACUACGGCCACCACAUUAUUCAUAGCAUUCUCCAUUUGCUUGUAUUUCUGGCGCUGA